CUGGAUUUGUUCAUCGUGUAUUUAGAUAAGGGCGUGAACAAUUAACAAAUGAAUCAUCAACCAAUCUAUAUAUCCCCAAAUAUUACGUGAACAAUCAAGAACUCUGCACUGAUCUGGUCAAUUUUUAUAAUAAUGAAAUACGAAAGUAUCGCAUUAUUUAUUUCUUUGAUUAUUUUAAACAAUGAAAUAUAUAAUAUCAUUGCGAAUCAACAAUUAAACAAUCCCACUUUGUUUAUGAUUGGCGGUGUUUUCUCCAAUAAUAAGAGUAAAAAAUGUUUCGAACAAUCAUUAAACGAAUUAAAUUUCAACUUAAACUACGUUAAUAAAGGAGUGACUUAUAAGCAUACAAUAAUUGAAAUGGAUUCCAAUCCAAUUAAAACAGCUUUAAGCGUAUGCAAGUCUUUGAUAGAAAGACAAGUGUAUGCGGUAGUGGUAUCUCAUCCCCUUACAGGAGAUCUGUCACCAGCCGCUGUUUCUUACACAAGUGGAUUUUAUCACAUACCCGUUAUAGGUAUAUCUUCGAGGGACUCAGCAUUCUCUGACAAAAAUAUUCAUGUUUCAUUCUUAAGGACAGUACCACCAUACUCACAUCAAACAGAUGUUUGGGUUGAACUAUUAAAACAUUUCAAUUAUAUGAAAGUGAUCUUCAUUCAUAGUUCGGACACAGAUGGCCGUGCAUUACUUGGAAGAUUUCAGACAACUUCUCAAAAUUUGGAGGAUGAUAUUGAAAUCAAGGUUCAAGUAGAGUCUGUGAUUGAAUUCGAACCUGGUUUAGAUAGCUUCACACAACAGUUAAUAGAAAUGAAAAACGCGCAAGCAAGAGUUUAUCUUUUAUAUGCUUCAAAAAUGGAUGCAAGUGUUAUCUUUCAAGACGCUGCGAUGAUGAACAUGACCGGUGCAGGAUAUGUUUGGAUUGUGACAGAGCAAGCCUUAGAUGCGUCGAAUGCACCGGAAGGUCUUCUUGGCUUGAAAUUAAUUAAUGCGGAGAAUGAGACGGCUCACAUCAAAGAUAGCCUGAUAGUGCUUACAUCUGCUUUACAAGAGAUGAACAAGUCAAAAUCAAUCACAGAACCGCCGAAGAAUUGUGGAGAUUCCGGCUCGAUAUGGGAAACUGGCAAAAACCUGUUUGAAUUCAUCCGCAAACAGGAAUUAUCAGGUCACACUGGCAAAAUAGCGUUUGAUGAUAAUGGAGAUCGUAUUUUUGCGGAAUACGACAUAAUUAAUAUUCAGGAGAAUGGUGAUCAAGUCUCCGUUGGACGAUAUUUUUAUCCAAAUGGUACUGAAAAAAUGACAUUAAGUGUCAACGAAUCGAAUAUAACAUGGCCUGGCCGAUUGCAAACUAAACCUGAAGGUUUCAUGAUUCCUACGCAUCUCAAAGUGCUUACUAUUGAAGAAAAACCAUUUGUUUAUGUUCGUGAAAUCGCAUUCAGUGAAUCAUGUCUUCCAGAAGAGAUUCUAUGUCCUCAUUUUAAUGUCACCGAUGGUGAAACUACAAAAACAUUUUGCUGCAAAGGAUACUGCAUGGAUUUAUUGAAAGAAUUAUCAAAGACUAUUAAUUUUACCUAUAGUUUGGCUUUAUCUCCCGAUGGACAAUUUGGCAACUACAUAAUCAAAAACAAUUCAGUAGGAGGAAAAAAGGAAUGGACUGGACUCAUCGGAGAACUGGUGAACGAAAGAGCAGAUAUGAUUGUUGCUCCUUUAACAAUUAAUCCAGAACGUGCUGAGUUCAUCGAAUUUAGUAAACCAUUUAAAUAUCAAGGCAUCACCAUUCUUGAAAAGAAGCCAUCAAGAUCAUCAACUUUAGUGUCGUUUUUACAACCAUUUAGCAAUACUCUGUGGAUACUGGUAAUGGUAUCGGUGCACGUAGUGGCUCUAGUUUUGUACCUCCUCGACCGGUUUUCGCCUUUCGGGAGGUUCAAGCUAGCAAACACUGACGGUACCGAAGAGGAUGCUCUGAAUCUAUCUAGCGCUGUUUGGUUCGCUUGGGGAGUUCUUCUUAAUAGUGGAAUUGGAGAAGGUACUCCACGGAGUUUUUCUGCUCGAGUGUUGGGCAUGGUAUGGGCAGGUUUUGCGAUGAUUAUCGUUGCUUCUUACACUGCCAAUUUAGCUGCAUUUCUUGUGUUGGAACGGCCAAAAACGAAAUUAACUGGUAUCAACGAUGCUCGACUUAGAAAUACUAUGGAGAAUCUUACAUGUGCCACGGUAAAAGGUUCUGCUGUAGACAUGUAUUUCCGUCGCCAAGUCGAAUUAUCCAAUAUGUAUCGUACAAUGGAAGCAAACAAUUACGAUACUGCCGAAGAAGCUAUUAGAGAUAUAAAAAUUGGGAAACUUAUGGCUUUUAUCUGGGAUAGUUCUCGAUUAGAAUUCGAAGCUGCUCAAGAUUGUGAAUUAGUAACUGCUGGAGAAUUAUUUGGUCGUUCUGGCUACGGGAUUGGUUUGCAAAAAGGUUCUUUAUGGGCAGAUGCAGUAACUCUUGCUAUUUUAGACUUCCAUGAAAGUGGAUUUAUGGAGAGUCUUGACAAUCAUUGGAUUCUCCGAAGUAAUGUACAACAAUGCGAACAACUUGAAAAAGCUCCCAAUACUUUGGGUCUAAAAAAUAUGGCCGGAGUGUUUAUAGUGGUUGGUGUUGGAAUUAUUGGUGGCAUCGGACUAAUUAUUAUCGAAGUAGCAUAUAAAAAACAUCAGAUUCGUAAGCAAAAGAAGAUGGAAUUAGCAAGACAUGCAGCCGAUAAAUGGAGAGGUGCAAUUGAGAAACGGAAAACUUUGCGGGCUUCGAUAGCUGCUCAACGAAGAAUUCAAAGUAACGGCCUUAACGAUCCUACAACCGUGAGUUUAGCAGUCGAUACGGUAGCUAGAUCAAACGUGACUCCACGAAGUCCUGGUCGAGCAUGGCCAGGAGAUAGUGAUAUCCGUCAACGUCCUAUUCCUCGUUCAGAUGAUAUCAGAUUAUCGCCAGCUGCAUAUACAGCAAACGUCUCACAUCUCAUUGUGUAAACAAACUAAUUUCUAUCUUAAUUUAUUAAUUACUUGUAUAUCAUAAAAUAUUAAAAUAUAUCAUUACCUGAAAAAUUUGUUAGAUGUGACACAUAUAAUUGUGUUAAGAAUAAUAAGAUUUGUUUUAUACAAUA